UUCCCUAUCGGGUGCUCACAGGCUCCCAGCUCCCACAGGGCUGCUGCCACAGCUACAGCAGCAAAGGCUGGAUGCACAGCAAUGGAGAAUUUGGAUGUCCCGAUCCCAGAUCUUACUGAAGAACAGCAAGAUAUUCUUCAGAGAGUUUUUGCUGCUGAUGCCAAGUACUUGGAGAAUCAUGAGAAAAUGAACCAGUCCUUCUGGGAAUCACUUGUGAAAUGCUUGGCCACUACUAACCCACCUAUCCUGAAUACUGAAGAAAAGAACAAUCUCCUUAACAGCUGUGAUGUCCUCCCCGGAGGUUGUGCUGCCUGCCUGAAAGCCAUAGAGAAGAAAGGAGUCAGGGCAAUGGCUCUUCUUUACCUUUUGCUGAAGACUUCCAACCCAUCUGGGUACAGGCAGCUGCCCAGCUCCAAGGGAAAGGAUGAAAAAUUGAAACUCCUGAAGAGUUUGGAAAGGAAUUUUGUAUAUUCAGAAGAAGACAAAAAGUCUGAAAACUCAUCCCAGGAGUCCAUAGGUGAAGAUACACAAGACAGUGAUGAGGAAUAUUUAGGAAGACAGAAGACUGAAGGCCAGUUACUUAGAGGAAUACCAGCAGAGGUGGUUCCCUACAGAGAUUCAGAGAUUGCCAGAAGAGAAGAUUCAGAUGUAGAUGCGUAUGAGGAGGAGAGCAGUCACCCCCCUCAGUGUACAGUACGGUGGAUGGGCAUACGGAAGGAUGAUGAAUUCUUUCAUUUUGUCAUUCUUUGCUUUGCAAUUGGAGCUUUACUAGUUUGCUACUACUACUACAAAGAUUGGACUAUUUCUCUUGGGAUUGGUUUAAUCACCUUUGCUUCCCUGGAAACCACUGGGAUAUACUUUGGUCUAGUGUACCGAAUUCGGAGCGUCCUUGACAGCUUUGUUCCUCUGAUUGACAGAUUCAGGCCAAGAGGCAUGAGGAAAGCUGCCUAGGAGGAGUAUUUCAGGAGAGUUCCUCAAACCUGGCUGUCCAAAUUUCCAGUACUAAAGGAACUGCUUUAUGAGGUGAACCUAACAACCAAAUGGCCAAUGUGAAAUACUGAAAUGUAAAACUUCCGAAAAACAUCACUCCUUUCCCUCCAAAAUAAACCUGAAACCGGGGUACGGGGCCCCACUCUGGAUUCCAAAGUGGUUUGGGGUUCAGCAGAGCUUGGGAGACAAUGGAGAUGUAGCUUUGUGUUCAAUUCCAUUGAAAUGUAAACAGUCACCUUCCCUCCCCCAGGCAGCCUUGUGGUGGUGCAUCUCUCAUUUAACAAACCACGCCAGCGUGCCUGUGGCGUACCAGAAGCAGCAGACCAAUGUCCUGUGCUGGUGCUGGCUUAGGCUCUGGCUCUUCCUGUGGGGAUUCUGGCCUCCUCCUCCUCCCCCCGGUGCUGCCCAGAGCAGGCAGAGGCUGGCCCUGCUCUCCCAGCUGAGCCCCAGUGGUGCUGGCACUGGGGCUGAUGAAUUGAUCGUGGCAGAACUCGGAGCAGUGGGCGGGCAGUAGUUUCACCCGAGGAGAGGUGGGGAGAUGUUACAGGCACUGACAGAGUGCUGCAGUAAUGAGAUUAUUAACAACAGCAGAUUUCAUCUUUUCUCAGGGGAAAAACAAAGUGCUUGAUUUGACUCAUCCCCCAACCUUUUUCUUUCUUUGAGUAAAAUAAACACAAAACUUUGACAUUCGUUUCAUUUUAUAGGAUGUGUUACAUACUGGAAGAAUGUAGGGCUACUGCAAUCAUAGGAAGACUGCAACAAAACUAUACUUUUAGUAAAAAUGAAUGAUGUAGGCAACCAGUUGAACAGAAAAAGGCAUAAACAUGGAUUUUUAAGGAAAGGUAAAUCUGAAAGAUGUAAAGCCAAACAGCUCAGAGUUUUACAGGAACAAUUUCAAGCCUUGCUCAGAAAAUUAGAAAGGUUUUUGUUGUGUGUAAUUGGAAGCACCAGUGUCAGUCACUCUUGCCUGCAGUUCCAGCUGCACUGCCAGAAACACCAACAGUUGCACUCAGGCCUGCACCAACACAGCACAGCUGCCACCCAAUGCCUCAAGGGCUAAAUUGUGCAAGAAGGAUGAAUACAAGUUAUUUCAUAGUAUUUAUAUGCUCCUUUACAUGUAUUUGUAGAAAUAUUCCACCAUCCCAAACUACUGUAUACUUUGUGUUAGUCUGCAAAUAAAGUCUUGCUCAGACCACUGUA